UGCGUGCGCGUGUCGGCGCUUUUCAGACGUCCCAGUGUCAUGGAUACACAAUGCGGGGAUCUCUCUGCUCUAAGUAUCUCUGACGAGUAUCCUUCUACAGGUUCUGUUGAGCCAGUUCACAGUGCGGGCACGCCGCAGGGAGAGGGAGAAGACAAUGCGGGUGGAUUUGGGGAAUUAGCAGAGUUGCCUAUUGAAAUAAACGAGAGACGUCCUACUUGUUUACGGUGUGGUCGCCCCCAGAAGGUGUGCUUGUGUCCCUUUCUGCCAGUGCGCCCCCUGGAGGUGUCCACAAGCCUUUACAUCGUACAGCACCCUGCAGAAGAGAGUCGAGUGCUUCGCACUGUUCCUCUGCUGGCUGCGUGUCUUCCUCCUGAAAGGUGCAGGGUUUUUGUCGGAAGGCGAUUUAACGAGGAGAGGAACCCCGAGCUGGCGGCCGUGUGCCAGGACCCCAGAACCCUAAUCCUGUACCCGGGCUCGGAGGCGGAGAACCUGGAGGACCUGAGCGUGGACUUCGCGGCUGCCGCCCACAGCGUCAUCAUCAUCGACGGGACGUGGAGCCAGGCCAAGGACAUGUUCCACAGGAACGCGCUCUUCCGCUCGCCCAAGCAGGUGCAGCUGAAUAGCUCUGUCUCCAGUCAGUAUGUGAUCAGGACUCAGCCUACCAACAUGUGCCUGUCCACUCUGGAGUGUGCGGCUGUCACCUUGGCAAUAAUGGAGAAGAACAAAGCCAUCGAGGAGCUGCUCCUGAGGCCUCUGCAGGCUCUCUGCUCCUUCCAGCUGCAGCACGGGGCCCAGGUGCACCACAGCAAGGAGCACCUGCUGAGGAACGGCCUGUACCACAAGCCCAUGCCCAAAAACAAGCGCAAGAUCAAGAGGAUGGAGCGCCUCGUCACCAAUCAGAACAUUUAGGGGUGGAGGGGGCGGGCCCUCCUCCCUGUCCACACCGUUGCCGUGUGACUGUGGGAACCAGUCAGGUCCCAUAAUAGCUGCGAUCCAGUAAUUACAGUUUUUCAUAAAACAAAACAAACACAAACUCUCAGGCAGCCCCUAAUGCACAGACAUUACCUCUGUUCACACAACACGGAUAAACUCUAGACAAUGCACUCUAAGGUUUUAAUGAAAGGGGGACUCCAGCCAAAAAUCAUUAUAUAUUGUUGGUGCCUCCUUAAGAGUAAUCUCUCAUUUCUAAUGUGUCACAUAUAAUAAUUUAAGCCACAACAAAAAUAUAUACAGAACCCCCCCCCCAAGCAAUGAUGUCACGUAAACAUAAUGGAGGCCGAGGUCUGGUUGAAACUAAAACGAAACUUAACAUCUUUAGUCACGUCUUAAAUGUUGUGAUUGCGAAAUUGAGAAAACAAUCACCCUUAUGCCAAUACACGGUGUUCUCCAGCCAAAAAGACAUCUGCAUUCAUGCAAAUGAUGAAAAGGAGUUACAUCCCGGUGACAUCAAUUCAAAUGGUCUUUUUGCAGAUACAGAUGAGAGAUUUGGUUUUGACUGGUCACACCAGUUACUCUGGAGGCAAGACAAAAAAAAUUAUAAUAUUUUGGUAGUGUUCAGACUAAGAAUCUGUUAGUAAGUACACCUGCAGCGCAGGAGACGAGGAAAAACGUUUUUUGUUGUUUUUUUUGUUGUUUUUUUUUUACAGAAUAAAAAAAGAAACCUGUCUAAAAAAAACUACCCUUGGUAUCUUAAAACUUUAUGUUAAAGUAUUUCACUGAAAUAACUGGACAAAUUAAGCUUCAGUCAGCCUUCAAAAAUGGGGGUGAAGCAGUCGAUCAGUCUGACUUGUGCAUCACUGUGAGGUUUUCACACACUGGGCGUUCACAGUGGACAUUUUCCGGAGGGAAGUUAAGUCAUCUUUGAGCCAGCGUGGAGAAAAACUGGAAAACUAAUCCGGUAAGUCAGAGCAGCCAUUAAUCAGCCAUAAAACAACGUUUUGAAAUUCAGUUUUUUCUUUCUUUGGCCUUGUCUUACAUAAUCAUCAUUUUUCUCUUCAGUCUUGAAAUACCUAUUUUGAAAUGAUCUGUUUACUGGCCUAGCAACAGAAUGCUUUACUUCCGAUUGUCGAUUAAAGAAGAGGUCUUCCGAUGACAGGUGGCUGGCGCAAAACAAAAAGAAAAAAAAAACACCAUUUUGCAGUGCAAUUAAAUGUGCUCCAGGUCACUGCUAGCAUGCUGUAAUUUAGCCUGCUGUCAAAGCUAGAUUUUGCUAGAUUUAUAAUUCAGACCAGUUCACAGUCAAUGACAGUGGAAGAGUAGGACCACAGGGUGGCAAUGUGGAACUUCUGCCAGUCAGUGAAUAUUACAGGAAUUUAAAAAAGCCAUCGCUGGUUUGAGCCAACAUGGAUUCAGUUCAGUUUUAUUUGUAUAGCGCUUUUUAUGGAGACACUGUCACAGAUGCUUUACUGUGGGAACACAAAAGAAAACUGGGAAGAAAAAAAAACAGACAAUUGAGGUUAAAAAUAAAAACAAAGAACAACCUGCCCGUGGGAAGAAAAGCAGUCAAAAGCUGGUGAGAAAAAACUCCCUGACGGGCAGAAAUUUUGGGAGGAACCUGGCUAUAGAAAGGAGCCAAUUUUCCGCUAGCCAGUCCUGUGUAAUGGUUUAGAUAGAAGGAAUGGUAACAGAAGUGUAAUGAGGGAUCUAGCAGAGCAAAUGGUAAAAUUUAUUGGGCAGGUUACAGUCAGUAGAGAGAUGGAUAGUAUGCGAUUCAGAGGACCAUGGUGAUGCAUUUAGGCCUACAGACUGCGUCAUAGCCUGGGCUUAAACCAGGAGAGGGAUGAGGCUGGAGCGGUCUGCAAACUCUAGGCGGGGGAAGAGGCAGAAGCCCCCAGGAAUAAAACAAAAGGGAAGGAUUAAGCACUGUAUAAUUAGGAGUUUAACUGCUGUGUGUGUAGAGACCUGAGUAUAAUGCGGAAAAGCCCCAGUGUGUGCUGUGCUGUGGCAGAAAAUCUCAAAGAUGUGAAGAAAGGGGGCGUAUACAUAACCAGAAGUGUAAUCCUGAACAGACAGAGCCCCAACACAGCACAGAACGGCAGACGUGAGCGUUCACAUGCAGUCACAAGGCAACAGCACCGUCAGCUGAGCUCACAUAACAGCUCUAUGGUCCUCAUUGAUCCUUCCCAGACAUCGUCAACAAAAGGAUUGACUAAAGAGGAAAGUUUUGAGCUUAUACUUAAAGACAGAGAGUGUAUCUGAAGCCUGAACAUGCACACACAGAUUAUGCCGUAAGGCAGGAGCCCUCCAAUUGUAAUUUUAGAUAUCCUUGGAAUUUUUGAAGUAGCCAACACCAUGUGAGAAACACGAUCUUGGAGGAGCGUAGAGGAUAAAUAACUCUCUAAGAUAUUCUGUAGCCAAACCAUUUAAGCCUCGUAUGUUCGUAGAAUUUUAUAGUAAAUUCUCAGUUUAACAGGCAACUAAUGAAGAGAUGCAAGCAUCUGACUGAUGCCGUAGUGGCCACAAUCCACAUUGUGGUACUCCAAAGUUAACCCUUUAGUACUCAGAUGACUCAUUGUUUGCUCUUGCAAACUGAAAUCUAUCAGAGAGAUAGGUCCAUUGGGGCAAACUGACUUUUCAAGCCUGCAGAGAAGAGCAUGUUGAUCUGUAGUCCCAAAGGCAACACUUAAGUCCAGUAGGAUGAAUACAGAAUGAAUGAAUACAGCCACAAUCCAGGAAGAGAGACAAAUCAUUCUUUAUUAAGGCAAGGGCUGUCUCAGUGCUACGAUGCUUCCUGAACCAAGACUGAGAUCUCUCAUACACUGUUAGCCUGUAAAAAAUGAGAAAGCUGUUGAGCUACACAUUUCUCAAGGAACUUUGCUA